AAAUAAAGCACGUGCCAUGUUUUCCUUCCUCCUCUCCCUCUAUAAAGAACCACUAGACCAACUCUCCAAAACCCCAUCAUCCCGAAGUCUCGAUAACCAUUGUGUUCACCGAUUGUUGUCUACACCAGAAACGAUCAUAGCUGCCAUCAUCAUGUUGAAGCCACAGCUUCAUCAAUCCCAAUCUGCCUCCCCAACCCUGUUCUCAUUAGCUAAGCCAUUUAGCCAAGGCAAUGGCGGGAUCGCACUUUUACCGGUACGGUCCGCGCCUGCGCUCCAAAAGAGCCGUAGAAGCGGCCGAGUGGGGCUUGCCUCAAGAAAGAUCAGAGCGGUAGCAAGCCCGAGCUUUACUGAGAAGUCGCUGUCAGUAAAAGCUGUAGUGUCCGUGAAACCGAGCACCGGUGGGCUGUUCACGGAGAUUGGGAUAAAGGGAGGGCUCGAUGAGAUUACUGACUUGGUGGGGAAAACGCUCCUCUUGGAGCUUGUUAGUUCUGAGCUCGACCCCAAGACGGGACAAGAGAAGGGGACAAUCAAAGGGUUCGCACACAAGAAGAGCCAGAACAAGGAGGAGGUGACGUACGAGUGCAAGUUCGAUGUCGGAGCGGAGUUCGGGGAGGUCGGGGCGAUUUUCGUGGAGAAUGAGCACCACAAGGAGAUGUACCUCAGGGACAUCGUCCUCGAAGGGUUCAUAAGCGGUCCUGUUAACAUCACAUGCAACUCGUGGGUUCACUCCAAGUUCGAUAACCCACAGAAGAGGGUCUUCUUCACCAGUAAGUGCUAUUUACCGACGGAAACGCCGAGUGGGCUUAGGAGGCUGAGAGAGGAGGAGCUGGUGAUCUUGCGAGGGAAUGGCCAAGGCGAGAGGAAGUCUUACGAGAGGAUAUACGAUUAUGAUGUGUACGACGACCUCGGGGAUCCGGACAGCAGCGCGGACAAGAAGAGACCGGUGCUCGGAGGCAAAGAGUUUCCGUACCCGAGACGAUGCCGGACCGGGCGCCCUCGGUGCAAAACCGAUCCACAAUCGGAAUCGAGGAGCGCAAGCAUAUACGUGCCUCGAGACGAAGAGUUCUCGACAAUAAAGGAAUUGACAUUCUCGGCGAAGACAGUGUACUCGGUGGUGCACGCGCUGGUGCCGUCGCUCGAGACGGCAAUAGUCGACACCGACCUGGGGUUCCCCUACUUCACCGCCAUUGACGAGCUCUUCAACGAAGGCGUCAACUUGCCCCCGUUGCAUAAGCAAGGCUUCUUCAAGGACCUCCUUCCUCGGCUCAUCAAGGCUGUCACCGAUGCCACGGAAAAUGUCUUGCGCUUCGAAACCCCCGAAACCAUGAAUCGAAACAGUUUCUUUUGGUUUGGUGACGACGAGUUCUCUCGUCAAACCCUAGCAGGAAUCAACCCUUACACGAUUCAGUUGGUGACGGAGUGGCCCUUAAAGAGCAAGCUUGACCCUAAAAUCUAUGGCCCGCCUGAAUCGGCAAUCACGACAAAGACCAUUGAAGAGCAAAUUAAAGGCUUUAUGACCGUCGGUGAGGCCGUAAAGCAAAAGAAGCUGUUCAUGCUGGACUACCAUGACCUUUUCCUACCAUAUGUGAACAAAGUGAGGCAGCUCAAGGGGACGACCCUGUACGGGUCGAGGACCCUCUUCUUCUUGACCCCCGAUGGCACGUUGAAGCCCCUCGCCAUCGAGCUCACUCGGCCACCGACCGAUGAUGGGAAGCCGCAAUGGAAGCAGGUGUUCACCCCGUCAUGGUACUCCACCGGCAUGUGGCUCUGGCGGCUCGCCAAGGCCCAUGUCCUCGCCCACGACUCUGGAUACCACCAGCUCGUCAGCCACUGGCUACGAACUCAUUGUGCCACGGAACCCUACAUAAUAGCGGCUAACCGGCAACUUAGCACGAUGCACCCGAUCUACAAGUUGUUGCACCCGCACUUCCGGUACACGAUGGAGAUCAAUGCGCUGGCUCGCGGGUAUCUCAUCAACGGCGACGGCAUCAUCGAGACCUCCUUCUCUCCCGGCAAGUACUCCAUGGAGCUCAGCUCCGUCGCUUAUGAUAAGCAGUGGCAAUUCAACUUACAAAGCUUGCCCAAUGACUUGAUUAGCAGGGGGUUGGCAGUGGAGGACCGGACGGCACCCCAUGGCCUCAAGCUAGCGAUCGAGGACUUCCCCUUCGCCAACGACGGCCUCCUCUUGUGGGACACUAUCAAGGAGUGGGUCACCGACUAUGUCAACCACUACUACCCCGACCCAAGCUGCAUAGCGUCAGACAAGGAGCUCCAAUCCUGGUGGACCGAGAUCCGGACCGUUGGCCAUGGCGACAAGAAAGACUCCCCUGGGUGGCCCGACCUCAAGACCCCGUCUGACCUCAUCCACAUUAUCACCACCAUUGUCUGGGUCGCCUCCGGCCACCAUGCUGCCGUCAACUUCGGCCAGUACACCUAUGCCGGCUAUUUCCCAAAUCGGCCCACUAUCGCCCGAACCAAGAUGCCUGUCGAGGAUCCAACAGAAGAAGAGCUCAAGAUCUUCAGGAACAAGCCCGAGGUCUCGCUCCUUAUGUGCUAUCCUUCACAGAUACAGGCGACGAAGGUGAUGGCAAUCCUUGAUGUGUUAUCGAACCACUCGCCGGAUGAGGAGUACCUAGGACAAGAUCCGGAAUCGGCGUGGAAGGAGGAGCCGGUGAUAAAUGCGGCGUUCGAGAGGUUCAACGGGAGGCUGAUGGAGCUUGAGGGCAUCAUCGAUGCGAGGAACUCUGACCCAAGGUUUAAGAACCGGAACGGGGCUGGGGUCUUGCCGUAUGAGCUGUUGAAGCCGUUCUCCGAGCCUGGCGUGACUGGGAAGGGAGUUCCAUACAGCAUUUCCAUUUGAGAAAACGAGACUCUUGUCCAAGGCAGCCGCGAUGGUGGCUGCAGAGAAAAUGCUUUUCUAUAUACUUUGCUAGUAUAUGCCGACGAUAAUGUGAUCAUCCUAGUUUGUGGACAAUAUUUUCUAAUUUCAUUGUCCAGUUUGUCAUGAGUUACCA